UCUCCAUUUACAGACUCUGAAUGACGGAGAAUCCGCCGCAUCCCUGGAUCACGGCCACGGAUGCAGACAGUGGCCCCUUCAGCUCCCUCUCCUACUCCAUCGGCUCCGGCAUUGGCAGCGUUGUUCCCACGCAGUUCAGCAUCGAUGAGCACACUGGGCAGCUGUGCACAGUGCAGGGCCUGGACCGCGACGAGGGGGCCACCACCUAUGACUUCACUGUCACUGCUGUCGAUGGGGGUGGUCUGAACUCCAUGGUGUACGUGAAGGUUUUCCUGGAGGAUGUGAACGAUAACCGUCCAGCAUUCUACCCGCUGGAGUACGCGGCCAGCAUCAGCACGCAGAGCAUGCCGGGCACAGCUGUGCUGCGCGUCAUGGCCCACGACAAGGACGAGGGCCCCCACGGGAAGGUGACGUACCACAUUGUCUCGGGGAACUCGCCCCCUCUCUUCUCUCUGCACAAGGACACAGGUGUUGUCUCCCUCUCGUGGUCCCUGAGUGGCAAAGCCAACACGCUAGUGCAGCUGGUGAUCUCAGCACGGGAUGGAGGGGGCCUGUCAGCCCAACCCAAUGCUCAAGUGAACAUCAGCAUCGUGGCUGGCACGGUCUCACCUCCUGUCUUUGAGCAGGCACAGUACUUCUUCACAGUGCCUGAGGACACACAGCAGGGGGCGAGUGUUGGGGCCGUCCGGGCCCAUAACCCCCCAGGUCACUCUGAUGACAUCUUUUAUUCCAUCUCCUCGGGAGAUCCCCAUGGCUAUUUCUUCAUUGACUCCAGCUUGGGACAGCUCCGCACCAGCCUCCCUCUUGACCAUGAGGUCCAGGCGGUUCUGGUUCUGGACGUGCAGGCCCGAAGUGGCUCGCCGCCUGCCUACAGCAACACGCAGGUGAAGAUUUCCGUGUCAGACGUGAAUGACAAUGCGCCAGCCUUCCUGGCCCCUUCUGACUCCAUCCUGCUGCCAGAGGCCACAGAGGUGGGGGCCACUGUGUACACGCUGCAGGCGGAGGAUCGGGACAGUGGUGCCAACGGGCAGGUGCACUUUGAGCUGGUGUCAGGUGGGGACGGCAUCUUCAGCGUGGAGCGCUCCUCUGGGACAGUGCGUGUGGUGGGGGCGCUGCAGUACGAGGCCAGUGCCGCCUAUGGCCUAGCCAUAGUGGCACGGGACAGCGGUGUGCCCCAGCUCAGUGCCACCUUCACCCUGCUGGUGCAUGUGCAGGCAGAGCACGACCACGGGCCCAUCUUUGACACACUCACCUACCGUGUGGAGGUGCGGGAGGGCACGCCUGUCUCCACUCGCUUCCUGCAGGUGCGGGCCCUAGGCCGGGACACUGGUGCCACACCCCUCACUUACUACCUGCGUGCCGAUGGCGACGCCGCUAGCUUUGGCAUCGUGCCCGAGAGCGGCUGGCUCUAUGUCAAGAGUGCGUUGGACCGGGAGACGCGGGACCUGUACAUGCUGACAGUGCUGGCGUCUGCAGGCGCAGGCGGCACCAGCAGCGAGGCUAGGAAGACAGGCACCAGCACGGUGCGGGUCAGCAUCACUGACGAGAAUGACAACAGCCCCCGGUUCAGCGAGGAGCGCUACUUCUUCACCAUUCCCGAGAACCAGCCACCGGGCAGCAGGGUGGGCAGGGUGACAGCCAGUGACCGGGACACGGGGCAGAACAGCCGCCUCACCUACCGCCUCCUCCAGCAUGACCCCAACUUCCUCAUCCACAUGCAGUCUGGAGAGCUCACUGCCAAGCGCAGCCUGGACCGGGAGCAGCAGUCAAGCUAUCAGCUGCUGGUGAUCGUGCAGGAUGGGGGGACGCCACCCCGCAGCGUCACGGGCACCAUCUAUGUCACCGUGUUGGAUGAGAAUGACAAUUUGCCGGCUUUCCUUCAUGUGCUGGGCGGGCGGGAGCUCCUGGUGCAGGUGAGGGGGGCAGGCAGGCACUUCCUCUGA